AUGACACAGUCGAUACAGUUGAUCACGCCACGCAAGACGGCAGAAUCCGGGUGCGCAGAUGGCAUCCAGAUGGCCAGGAAUCUCCAAGGAGAACUGGAACGAGGGGAUGCCGGUGAUGCAGCUCCCACGAUGCAAGCGGCAAGCCUAGAUUGGAAGGACGAUGUUCGUCAAUGGUACGGCGAGAGAUCCGACAAAGUGAUCGUGGUCAUCUACGUUGUCUGGAAUUCCGCCUUUGCACUGAUGAGCCAAUACAGCCACGUUGUGCGGCCUACACCGACGCGCUUGACGACUGACUGCAACAUUAAAAAUCAAAGGGCCCCGGAUCACGGUGGUACCAUCAGCCUGGCCCCCAAAACCAUCACCCUGAAGUGCAGCAAAGCCUUUUUCGAGACGCAGAAGAGUGGGGUACAUGAGUUUGCAAAAGCUUUCUGUAGGGUGAGCGACGAAGUUGGGUUCUCACCGAGGGUUGAAAUGUACUUCAAGAUAGAGAUGGCGACUAUGUACCCAUGCGGAAACGCCCUUGUCGCUGAAAAGAUUCGGCAGUUUGAGUCUCCGACGAUGUUGAGGUUUUGGGAGCAGCUGGACUUCCCAGCGAACUUGGCAGGCUUGGAAUGA